AUGUCGUAUUACCAGGUCCCCAGAAGUUAUAGCACCAUGCAUCCAACUUUGAAUCCAUCCCUUUCUCUGCACCCCACGUUACAAUCAACCUUAGAUAAUUUCUUUGAAAAUGGAGAAGUGAAAUUUCUAGUUGUUUUGCAAGAUGUGCUAGCUGUUGAUUCCACUGAAAAGUCUUGGCUGCUGAAAGCUAACCCGGAUAACUCCCACAGUGUUCUUUCUCAGCAAUCAACAGAACCUGACCAUCUUAGCACUAUGAAAUGGAAACAACCUAUUGCUUGGCCGAAGUCAAUUGACACAAAAUUGUGGAAUUCCCUUGAUGAUGCAGUUUUCCACAAUCUUCUAGGCUCUUACCCAUUGUCAAAAAAAGUGGAGCUGUUGGAAUCAACAAUUUACUACCAUGCGUCUCACCUGUUUGGUGUAAGGUCACUUCCCCAGCACAACCUAUCAGGUUUGAACAGGAAAGCUUUACGCAGCAUCAGUUUGGUGAACGAGAAGAACAAUCUACUCCGAACUCUUAAGAGCACAUCUGACCCAGUUGAGAAAAGCAACAUGCAAAACCUUUUAGAUGAUAUAUUGGCCAAGUUAAGGUUACUUCGCAGAGGUGAGCGGAAUAAGAAAAGACGUUGGAAAAUCUCGAAUGCACGCCGGGCUUUCUCUAGGAAUCCUUAUCUGGCUGGAAAAAAUAUUUUAGAUCCCAAAUGUUCAAUAAAACUUGAAGUUGCCCGGAACGAAAUGGAUUCACACAACCAUUCAACCUUGAACGAUCCUUCACGCCAUAUACCUCUUUCAGAUCUCCCUGGAUUGCCUUCACCACCAAAUCCAGUCUCAGCUUUUGAUUCUUCCAAGCUAAAGUUCAAGGAUUUCCAAGCUGUCCUACAUUCCCGUAGAAAUGCUUCUUCUCCUAGGCUGAACCAAAUUCCUUACACAGUAUGUAAGAAUUGUCCUCAUACUGCAUCGUUUCUGUUUAACAUUUUUCAAGCUUGUCUAAAGAAGUUUUUUAUUCCUGUGCAAUGGAGAAUUGCAUCUGAAGUUUAUAUACCUAAAAAUAACACACCUUGUCCAUCCAACAUAAAGGAUUUUCGCCCCAUAGCUCUUCUGAAUGUUGAAGGAAAGCUCUUUUUUAGUUUGAUUUCCAAGCGGUUAGAAUCGCAUAUUAUAAAAAAAAACUUCAUUAAUACUUCCAUUCAAAAAGGUUGUAUGGAAAAAGUUCCGGGUUGCUGGGAACACAUGUCUCUUGUUUGGUCCACACUUAAGAAUGCGAAGGCACAACAUUCUUCACUUUCAGCCAUAUGGCUUGAUAUUGCUAAUGCGUACCCUUCAGUUCCGCACAAGCUGAUUUUUAUGGCUCUGAGACGCUAUGGUGUACCAGAAUCAUGGAUAAGGCUCAUACAACUAUACUACGACAGCCUGUGGAGUAAGUCUUUUUCGGCUUCUGCUCCUUCCAGUUGGCAUCAACACUGUAAGGGAAUUUUUAUCGGCUGUACACUUUCCAUUAUACUAUUUCUUGCAGCUAUAAACGUUAUUAUUGAGUGUACAACAGCUCUUGAUUGGGUAGGCAUGUCGUUUAGGCCUUCUAAAUCACGCAGCAUUGUUAUUGAUAAGGGAAAAGUCGUCCAAAGUUCACCGUUUACAAAUCCGCUGGCCAUUAUUAAUUUAUGA